AAUUACUUUUUGUGUAUAAUAAUUUGUAAAUAGAAAAAAAAAAGACAAAGAAAGGACGAGCAUAUAUACACAAAAAUGAAAAUUAUAAAUAUUGUAUUUUUAUUUUUAGUUGUUGUUGGAUUAGCAUUAUCAAACCCACACCAUCACAAUACAUGGGUUAAUCAAGAUGUUCAACGUUCAAUUGAUUUAACUACUCAACUUUCAAAACAAAUUUUAUCAGUUAAAGCCAAAUCAUUAGUUGAUAAUAAUAAAAACUAUCAAAUUUCAUUCGAUAAUACUUAUCAUGUUUCAGUUCAAGCUUUUGAUGAUAAAAACAAUGAAUUAAAAGUUCAUUUAUCACCAAACUCAAUUAAUAUUAAAGAAGGUUUCAAUACUUUUGAUAUCGAAUUAAAUAAUAAAUAUAAAAUCAAUGAAGUUUUAUCAUUAAAGCUUAAAGUUACAUUAAUGUCACAAAUGAAACCUUAUCCAGUUGAAAUUAAACAAGGUCAAACUCAAUUAGUUCUUUAUAAUGACAACCAUUAUUUUACAUCACCAUACAAAACUGAAACUCAAAAGACAACAGUUAAAUUAGCAUCAGGCAAAGUAGAAUCAUUCAGUGAAAUUAAACCAUCCAGUUUAAAGACAAAUACUAUUGUUUAUGGCCCAUUCUCAAAUGUUGAAGCAUUCACAGUUUCACCAAUGCGUAUUCACUUUGAAAACAGUGCUCAUUUUAUGGUAUUAACUCAAUUAAAGAAAGAAUAUGAAGUUAGUCAUUGGGGUAAUUUAGCAGUUGAAACCUCAUAUUAUCUUGAAAAUCAAGGCGCCCACUUAAAAGGUCCAUUCUCACGUCUUGACUACCAACGUAAUCCAGGUGCCAACCCAUCACACAUCAGUGAAAUUAACGAAGCCGUUCCAUUAUCUGCUGCUGAUUUCUACUAUCGUGAUUCAAUUGGUAACAUCUCAACCUCAGUCUAUCAAUACCAAAGCAACCGUAUUAACUUUAAGAUUACCCCACGUUUCCCAUUAAUGGGUGGUUGGAAAAACAAUUUCUACACUGGUUACAAUCUUCCAAUUCAAAACUUCCUCUCUGUUGAUUCUGCUGAUGGUAGCUAUCACCUCAAUGUUACCUUUGGUGUUGGUAUUGACAACAUCUACGUCGAAGAUCAUCAAGUUAAAAUCAUUCUCCCAGAAGGUGCCACUGAUAUUAAAGUUAAAUCACCAUUCCCAGUUACUGAAACCCGUGAAAUUCGUAAAACCUAUCUCGAUACUGUAGGUCGUCCAGUCAUUGUCUUAAACGUCAGAGAUACCUCAUUCGAAAACUAUCGUUAUAUUCAAGUCACUUAUAAUCUUUCAUCUCUCUCUAUUUUCCACGAACCACUUUUAGUUAUUGGUGCUGUUUUCACAUUCUGUCUUUUCAUUAUGUUUUAUUCACGUUUUGAUUUAUCAAUCAAUAAAUCAAAAGUUAAUUAAAUAACUUUUUUUUUUUUUAUAAAGAAAAAAAAAAAAAAAUAUAAAAUAUAAAAUAACAAAUAAAAGAAAAAAAAAAAAAAAAGAAAAAGAAUAAUAUAUAAUAAAAUUUAUUAAAAUCAUUAAAAAUAAAAUAAAAAUAGUUUUUAAUAU